AUGAUGCUGUCUAUCAGAAAUUUAGUCUAUCCCAUAUUAUUCCAUUUCGUAAUUGGUUUACCUCAAAUCAAUCUUGAUCUUACUGAUUGGGUAAGUAACAGUGAAAGUGAUGUUGUAUCACAACAUGAUUGUAUUCAUGUUGCUGCUUCGAUUGAAAACGGAAUUGAUCCUCAUCAAGUAAUUUCUUAUUGUAUGAGUGAAUGGCCAUCAAAAUGGAUUAUACAGAGAAAUAAUCAAGAUCAAAUCUUUACCUUUUAUCAGCUUUUUCAACAGAAUAUCACGAGUGAACAGUUAUAUCGUUGGUCAGCACCAAUGGAUAUUGUUGAACGUUAUCAAUUGUACUUGAAUCAGUUUUCAACUUCAAAUGAAUUCUUAUCAAUAGCAAUGCCGUUGUUUUACAAUUGUACAUCACCAAGAUUUGGUCCACUAUGUCAAUAUUCAUUGGAUGCAUACGAGCCUCAUCAUUCAUCGUUGAAUGAGAUCGUUAGCAACUUUUAUUUCCAAAAAUAUUUACCGACGACAUUGACAUGCUACAUUCAUUUACAAUGUUAUGAAAAUGUCUCACUGGCAUGUCUCGAUUGGAGUGAUAUAUGUGAUGGCACGGUUGAUUGUGAAAAUGGAAUGGAUGAAGAACCUUGUUGGCAAUUGGAAAUCAACACAUGCGAAGACAAUGAAUAUCAAUGUUUUAAUGGACAAUGCAUAUCUAAAAUAUUUCAUCGUGAUAAUCCUAAUACUUUUGAAUGUCUCGAUCACUCGGAUGAAAGUCCCAUAAAAUAUGUACUUUCUUCUCUUGCUACAGAUGAACCAAUAUUUGCAUACGAAGAUGUUACAUGUCCAUUGAGACACACAAUUCAUGAUGUGAAGCUCACAAGUUCCUGUCUAAGAGAACGCCAUAACUUACUCUUGCGAUUAAUAUUAUUUGAUGCACCAAAAUCAGUAUCUAAUGAAUGUUGGUCUGCAUUCAAGUGUCUUUUAGAUAUUCCAGAUGCAUCAAAUCGAAUAUGUUUUGAUCUUUGUAAAGGUGAUAAAUGCCGGCAAAUAGUUAACGCAACUUGUCCAGAUAUGCUGUACUUACCGUCUAAAGCAAUCGUGUUUGGACACAUCUACUUGGUCUACAUAACCGAAGAUUUAAAUCAGCCUUUCUACAAGACGACAUCACCUCAGUAUGUAUGCUACAAUGAACAAUUCUGUAGUGGAUUUCAUCCGAACAGUACAUUAUUGUCAUUCAAUAAUAGCAUAUGUCGUCGUCCUAAAGAUUUUCCAUUCGUUUUUAACUCGCUCGGAUUCGCGAGAGAUGUCUGGAAGAAUAAGUAUAUUUUACCCUUGUAUCAAAAGCUUUUUCAAUGCAAUACAAUUGUUUAUAGUGAUCCUGCAGUUUGUAACAGCUCCUCUAUGUAUCAAUGUAUCAACUCAUCGAAAUGUAUUUCAAAGAAUCAUGUUUGCGAUGGCAUAAAGAAUUGCAAUCAUGGAGAUGAUGAACAAUGCUCUGGAAUUGAUUUGUCCUGUUUGGGACACGGGUCUAAUAAACCUUUCAAAUGUACGACGACAAACUUUUGUGUUCCUCAAAAUGCGGUCGAAAACAUUGUGUGCGAUUGUCCAACGGAUCCAUAUGAUCCCCUUUUAUGUGAUGACGAAAACCCAAAUAAUAAACACUACAUUAGAAAACACAUAUCUUUUCCAACAAUUUGUGAUGGUUUCACGGAACUUAUACCUGUUUCCAUUGAUGGACGAAAUGAAACAGACGAAACGGAAUGUGAAUAUUGGAAAUGCAAUAACACUUACACUCGAUGCGAUGGCUUUUGGAAUUGUUAUAAUGGAGCGGAUGAAAUUUAUUGUGAUCCAUCACCGCCAAUAAAUUGUCCAUCUCAUCAUCACAUAUGUGUUUCAUCUAAGACACAUCAACUUAUGUGUCUAUCUCUUGAUAAAACCAAUGAUGGCAACAUCGAUUGCCUUGGUGCUAUUGAUGAACCAAAACUAUGUCGAACACAUAAUUAUCAAUGGACGCAUUUUGAUGUUGAAAACUCUCUUUGUGAAGAUAUCAACGAUGCUGGUAAACCACAGAUUGUACAUUUUUCACUUGAUGAAAAGAGAAAUUUACUGGAGAACGGAACACAAGAAAACACAAAUAUUAUCAUACCGCACUCUUCUACUUUACCAACUAUUCGUCAAUAUCAGCAGCGCUGUCAUCGUGGUCUUGCUGUACAUGUUUGGUUAGAUAGUGAAAAAAACGUAAGUGACAUAGCAUGUCUUUGUCCACCUAGUUUUUACGGUAAUAUGUGUCAAUAUCAAAAUCAACGAGUUGCUGUUACUAUGCAAUGCCGAGUAUUUUCUGAUUCUUUACGAACAUUAUUUUCAAUUGUUAUCUCACUUAUUGAUAAUAGCAAUGAACGAAUUAUUCAUUCAUAUCACCAAUUUACUUAUGUUUAUAUCAGAGAUUGUCAAACGAAAUUUAAUACUUAUUUACUCUAUGCAACUCGACCAAAAAAUCAAUCAAUUCAAUAUGCAGUCCAUAUUGAUAUUUAUGAAAAGAUUUCGUUGGCAUAUCGUGGUAGUUUGUUUAUACCACUUAAUUUUACUUUUCUACCAGUCCAUCGUGUCGCUAUUCAGCUUGAUAUUCCACGUAUAAGAGAUUAUGUUGAAGAUUGUUCAAAUCAUUCGUGUGUUCAUGGUCGAUGUAUUCGGUAUUCGAAUGAUCCAAAAGGCAAUAUAUUCUGUCAAUGUAAUCCAGAAUGGUCAGGACGAUAUUGUACCAUUCCACGAACUAAUCGUUGCAAUUGCUCAUUUGAUUCAUUGUGUAUUGGUAUGACAGCAAAUAAUCGAUCUCUAUGCGUUUGUCCUAUAUACAAAUGGGGUUCGCAUUGUUUACUUCAAAAUACUGUAUGUCAAAAUAUUAUAUGUCAAAAUGGGGGUCAAUGCAUAUCUGUUGAUGAGUAUAUGAUAUCGGACAAGAAAUUCAUGUGUAUCUGUUCCGAUGGUUACACCGGCGAGAAAUGUGAAAUUUCCAAUACAAUCAUCACUGUAUCAUUUGAUAAAGGUAUCGCUUUACCACAGUCAAUAUUCUUUCAUUUCAUUCGAGAGAUGAACAAUGCUGCACCUGAAAAUGGUUCUACAUUUAAAUCGAUUACUACCAAUCAGAAGUCGGUUACUAUUAACUGGCCACGACCAUUUCACUUUGCUUUUGUUGAACUACCUAAUAAAAACUUUCAUUUGAUUACGGUCCAAAAAAUAUACAAACAAUCGGCAAAUAUUAUCCAAACAAUCAGCUCGUCAAAUCGUUGUAAACAUAUAAAAGAACUAUUCAAUGAAACUAUUAUCAAGUAUCAUCUUCUUCGUCGCAUCAAAUAUUAUCAUAUACCAUGUCAAAUAAGUUCACCACAAUUGUCUUGCUUCUAUGAUGAAGUUCAUUUUUGUUUGUGUAACAAUUUCAGUCAUCAACGUGUAGCGAAUUGCUUUGAAUUUAAUCAUACUAUGAAACAUGAUUGUUUUGGUAAAAGUAGUUGUGUAAACGAUGGACAAUGCUUACAAGACAAAGCAAUUUGUCCACAAACAGCGGUAUGUAUUUGUCGGACAUGUUUUUUUGGAACUCAAUGUCAAUUUAGUUCGCAUUUAUUUGGUCUCUCACUUGAUGCCGUACUAGGUUAUUAUAUACAGCCGCAUAUUAACAUGUUACAUCAACCAUCAAUUGUACAAAUCAGUGUGGCAUUAACUAUAAUUAUCAUGAUAGUAGGAUUAGUUAAUGGUGUGCUCUCCGUGAUUACAUUUAAGAACUACAAACUACACGAAAUAGGUUCUGAUUUCUAUCUAUUAGGAUCAUCAGUCACUACUCUACUCAGUACAACUAUAUUUGCAUUAAAAUUCUGGAUACUCAUUAUUGCACAAAUGACCUACAUUACAAACCGACCAUUUUUGCAAUUUCAAUGUCGAUCGAUGGAUUUUUUUGCUCCAGAUCUGUCUUAA